CAGUCUCCCUGGUAACCUGGAAACGCUGCAACUGACUUCCCAAAGAUUUGAUUCUGUUGAAACUCAGCGAAUGAGCAGUGUGUUUUCACAGCCAUGUCCAGCAGCUGCAGGCAGAAGCAGGGUUUCCACAGACCACUCCAAGCUGCAGGAUCCACUCAGAGGGACGAUCUCCUGACCUGCCCCGCGGGUCACUCAGGGCACAGCAGCCCAAGCCAGAACCAACCUCUCAAAGGGAUGAAGCCUUUUUGUGAGAGGGCGUCCCAGAGACAAGAAGACGCUCCAAACUCCCAGAAAUGGAAAAAGACCAGUGUGAAGAAGAAAAUAAUAAUAAAGGAGGCAUCAAUUGAGGCUUCAAUGGAGUCUAGGGUUUUGAGGUCAACAAAAAACCAGGUCAAAUGUACGUCAUUGCAUUCCCGCACUAUAGAAAACGUAAAUCCAGCUAAGAAAGUCAGCUCAGCCUCAUUUUCAGACCCUCAGGAAGAAGCUUCUUCAUCAUCAAAACAGCCCAAUGAGUCGACUUGUAGCUCUUCCAUCCGGGGAGGCCUGAACUCUGAAGGCCUUUCAGAGGUCAAAGGCUUUGACAGGAAAGCUCUGGCCCAGCAGAACAUCUGGGCUGGAGGAAAGCUCCAUGAGACCAAACUGAUGAAGAAACUGAAGUCAGUGCAGAGCUGGCCCAGCAGAGACCGCCUCUCCGUGUGCGGUGACGUCUUUGAUGAUGUAUGUGAAGGCUUGCCAGUAUUUGGACGCAUCCUGAGGGAAAUUAAGACUGAUUAUGAUUUAUAUGUCAACCACUUGAUGGCCUCCCAGUCCCCGCAGCACAACAUGUUGUCGAAUGAUUUGGCCGAAGAUGUCGGCCGUAGCAAAGUGAGAGAAAAGGAGCUGGAGGAUGCUGAGAAAGAGGUUUGCAGGCUGGAACAGCAAGCCACAAGAUCUCUGGAGGAGAAUAAACGCCUCAGAGUCCAACACGAGUUACAGAACAUUCCAGCCACAACAGGCCCAGAGGACAGAAACUCGAAGGGUACAUCUCUGUGCGAGGACGCUGACUUCAAACGGCUGCAGGUGCUGCAUGUGGCAAAGGAGGUGCAGCAGUUAGAGGAGGAGGUCCAGGAGAAGCUGGUGUCCAGGGUCACAGCUGCUGCAACUGAACGUCACCUCCAAGAGCAGAAGGCUGAAAUAAUGACACUGAUCGCUUCAAAUCACCGAUUAAGGAUAAUUAACCAGGACCUUGAGAACAGAAUCAAUGCAGUUCUGCAGAGAGAGAAAGGAAGCCAGGCCACGAGAAGGAUGUUGUGGGAUCAAAUAUAUGAAGAUCUACAAAAACCUCACCUGCAAGAGAGCCUGAGGCGCAGCUUGGACGUUUGAACAUCAGUGUGUGCGAAAAGAUGCAAAACACAAAAUGAAAAUAAAGUUAUGCUUUGUUUCCUAAAGCUACAACAUCAUCUAUGGGAAAACAAA